AUGAGUGUCUCCCGCCCAGCGCGAUGUCUCUUCAACGCGCCUCUCCCCUCCCUCCGACCACUCACCCGACGACAAAAUUUCCACGCCUCGACUCCCCUCCCCGCACGACGUCGUGCCCGUUUUGCUAGCAUAAAACAGUCGGAGCUCGAUGCUGCUCCCGCGAAGGAACUUUACCCUGGAUAUAGCGAUAAAGAGAAAGCUUUGUUAGGGAAACGAUAUACCCCAGAGCAAAUUGCUGCUAUUGAGGCUGCGGAGGAAUCGGUCGAUGCAGAUGAUCUGAAAAGUCAUGGAGUGAUACGGACUGAUUUGGGGAGGUUGAAAUAUAUGGAUGAUUUGAGUAUGACGCAGCCGGUAAUCGACAAGAAGAUCAUGGAUUAUCGAAUUGACCCAAAUUGGACGCUGGAUCAGGAUAAGAUCGGAGACGAAUUCGUGGCGUACAUGGAUAAAGUUAUGGAGGAGAAUACUGAGGAUAUAGAUCCUGAGGAUCCAGAGUGGGAAAAGAAACACAGGCCGAAUAGAUUGGAUUCGCUGAAGGCGCUGCAGAAGGAAAUGGGCGAUCCAAGCACUUUUGCGAUUGCCCCGCAGGUUCCUGGAGAUUUUACAAAGGACCCGGGUCAGGCUGCGGAGAUAGCGAGGGAGGUGGAUGAGGAAGAUGAGGACAAUCUUGAUCCUAGGGAUCCCGAUGGAAUUUACACGAAACUGCGCCACCAGACUGGACUCACCAUGAACGAAAUCUUCGAACUUGACACCAAAAUCCUGGUCAGUCACCGAGUUGUCAAUCAAACUCGUCUGGGUAAAAUCGACAGUAUGUACGUAUUGGCAAUUGCAGGAAAUGGAAGAGGUAGAUUAGGUAUAGGAGAGGCAAAGGGUCAGGAACCGGAAGAUACGAAUAAUAAUGCAAAGAUUGCGGCUAUUAAGAAUAUGCAACCAGUUCCGAGAUAUGAGGAACGAACGAUUUAUGGAGAUGUCGAAGGGAAGGUUAGUGCGGUCGAAGUUAAGCUUAUGGCAAGACCUCCAGGAUUCGGUCUCCGAUGUCAAAAACUUAUCUUUGAUAUGGCAAAGGCAGUAGGGAUUCAUGACCUGGCAGCGAAAGUACCACGCUCGAGAAACAAGAUGAAUACUGUCAAAGCCACCUACCAAGCAUUAAUGAAACAACGGAUACCGGAUGAGAUUGCCAGGGGAAGAGGAAAGAAACUUGUGGAUGUGAGGAAGGUAUACUAUGGAGGAAAGGUAUAA